CGGCCGCUCACAGCCUAGAGCAGAUAUCAGUUUCCGCCGCUUUGUACCGUCGUAUUUCACCUUGAAUCAGUACACAGAUUCCAAUUUCCAGCCGCUUCCCGAAAUUCGGACUUUGUCCAGGUCCGCCUGUUAUUUGCUGUCUGGCUGCAAUCCUCCAAUGGGAGCCAUGAGAGGUCGUCAUUCUGCUAAUGGCAGCCGGCCUCCAUGGAACGCCCUCACUGGGGUGGGGUCGUCUCCCCCUCACUGGGACUGUGUGGGCACCCGGCGCCUCCUCUGCGCACACUGAGAUUCGAACCCGGCUCCACCAUUCUCUGCUCCGCCAUUCCCUGCUCCGCCAUUCCCCGCUCCGUCAUCCCCGCUCCGCCAUUUCCCCGCUCCGCCAUUUCCCCGCUCCGCCGGAGCGUCACUUCGUGAGUUUCUGAGGCUGGUUCGGCAUUGGGUCAAUAUCAGCCCCAGUUGAGCAUAGUCACUUUCCUGGCGCUCCAGAAAAAACUCAUUCUCUUUCAGUCCGCUGGCUCUCUGCGACUUGACACUUCCAGAAGCUUCCAGACGCUUCCAGACGCUUCCAGACCCUUCCAGACCCUUCCAGAAGCCAAGAAGAAUUUUCAUCCGCCCAUGGCAAACAGCACGGCAUGGGCCGCGUGUGCGGUGAUUGCGCUCAGGCUGAUUGCCAUCGCCACAACGACUCUGCUCGUUGCGGCUGCUCCACCGGUUACGGCCGCACCACCACCCCUCACCGCCACUCCACCCCUCACCGCCGCUCCACUGGUCAUGGCCGCCCCACCCGCCACGUCUGCUCCACCGAGCCCCGAUAAGGAUGCGCUUCUGGCUUUAAGGGACGCGCUGCAGGUCAGCAGUCCCUCGGUGCUGUCCUACUGGGAGAAAAACUUCGACCCCUGUGACCCCACGUGGUCUCAGCGCUUCACAUGCAACAAAGAUGGACGCGUUAUCAGCAUAGACAUGGGUUUCAACACCCUCAAAGGGCCCAUCCCAGAGGCACUAGCGGCCCUCUCCAAUCUCACCUAUAUGUCUCUCGAGGGGAAUCUGUUGGAAGGGCCUGUGCCUGAGUGGAUCGGGUCAAAACUUUCAAAACUAGUGAAUCUUCGCCUUGCCGCCAACUCUUUAAACGGCACUCUGCCAAGCACCCUCAGUGGGCUCAAAAGCUUGAAGUCUGUCGUCGUUGGAAGUAACCACCUCUCAGGGCAGCUGCCUUCGGGCCUUCAGCACUGCAAGGACUUGGAGCACCUUUCAAUCUACGUCAACGGGCUUUCAGGGCCGAUUCCCGAGUGGCUGGGAAGCCUGAAGAAGCUAAGAGUGCUAGAGCUCUACACGAACCAACUGUCCGGACCCAUCCCCGCAAGCCUAGCCGAUGCCUCUUCCCUAUCGUCGAUAGCGCUGACUGACAAUCGUCUCUCGGGCCCCAUCCCACCUGCGCUGGGGGACAUUCCCAACCUCGUUGCACUCUAUGUGGCAAGCAACCACCUCGCAGGACCCCUUCCCAACAGCUUCAGUCGGCUCGAUAGCCUUAUGUACCUCUACAACGAGGGCAUCAACGGCUCCCUCCCUGCCUUCCUGGGAAACCUCAGGCUGCUGGAGUCCGUAGCCGCUGAGUACUGCAACCUCACGGGCUCCAUCCCUCCAUCCCUGGGCUCCCUGCCUCUCCUUGUCGAGCUCUUCCUCGACAACAACCGCCUCUCAGGCUCCAUCCCAGCGGCGCUUAGCAGAGCAACGGCGCUUAACAAGCUGUAUUUGAACCGGAACCAGCUGGGUGGGAGCAUACCGGCUGGGCUGUGCCGGCUGAGCAACAUCUAUGACCUUAACCUGGCCCGCAACCAGCUGACGGGAACCAUUCCUGUGUGCCUCACGAAACUGCCUCACAUAUCUUCUCUAAUUAUCUCUAACAACCGUCUCACGGGGCCAUUGCCCCCCAUCACCAGUCCGCCUGCUUUCCACUUCUCAUACGCCGGCAACUGCCUCGACAAUGCACCGGACCAGGACUGCCCUGCCAAAGCCACCUCUCCUGCUGCCGCUCCCUCCGCUCCCUCCUCCGCUCCCUCCUCCGCUCCCUCCCCUGCUCCUGCCUCCGCUCCCUCGUCUGCUCCCUUCCCCGCUCCGGCUCCGGCCUCUGCUCCUGCUUCCCGCCCUGACCACGCUCCUUCUACCCCCUCAGCACCGGCCAGGUCAGCACCUGCGUCCAAGUCAGCACCCUCGUCCACAUCAGCACCGGCCAAAUCAGCACUUGCCACAUCAGCACCUGCACUUACUUCUCAGCCCAGCAGUGCACCAACAGCCGAUGCCACACAGGCACAGCAGCAGCAGCAGCAGCAGCAGCAGCAGGGGCCCCCACCAGGGCCCAACAAUGCAGCUUUAAGUGGCGUGCACUUUCCCAUUACUCGUGCUGCCAUGCUCGCUCUUCUGCUGCUUGUGUUACUGUGGUAACCACAUGGCUGAAGCUGCUGUGGCUGUUACUUGCUCUCACGUGAAACAAUACUGGUUCGUUAGGUAGCUUGCUGAUUUUCGUUCUUAGAGUGUAUGCCUGUGCGUGUGCACUUCUGUGGUUUGAAUCUCUGAUUUGCGGCACAUGUUUGUUAUGAUAUGAUAUG